AGCCGGGAAUCGGGGAAGACGCCACGGGACCCGGGAGGCAGCCCCGGGGGGAUGGACGGGCUGACGCGGGAGAAACCGCAGAGGCUGAAGCGAAACUCGCAGGCCGCGCUUCCAAAAGCGACUGUAUUGGAUUUGUCCUGUAACAACCUCAUUUCCUUGCCGUCAGAUUUCUGCAGUUUGAUGCAUCUGGUGAAACUGGAUUUGAGUAAAAACCGGCUUCAACAGCUGCCGUCGGACUUCGGGCGCCUGGUCAAUCUGCAGCACCUGGACCUCCUGAACAACCGUUUAGUCACUCUGCCUGUCAGCUUUGCGCAGCUCAAGAACCUGAAGUGGCUGGAUCUGAAGGACAAUCCCCUGGAUCCUGUCCUAGCUAAAGUGGCAGGAGACUGUCUGGAUGAGAAGCAGUGCAAGCAGGCUGCCGUCAAGGUACUGCAGCACAUGAAAGCGAUCCAGUCAGAGCAGGAUCGGCAACGGCAACGGAAGCUCCAAGCAGAGCGAGAAAUGGAGAAGAAGCGUGAAGCAGAACAGCGAGCAAAGGAGGCUCAGGAGAGGGAGCUGAGGAAGCGAGAGAAGGCAGAAGAAAAGGAACGCAGAAGGCGGGAGUAUGAUGCUCAGAAAGCUGCAAAACAGGAAGUGGAAAAGAAAACUAAAAAAGAAAACGUGCAGACCAGAAAGCCGGCCUCCAGUUCUCGUCCCCCUCAGCCAGCCAGGCACAAGCACUCCUGGUCGCGGUCAGUGCUGAGGGUCCUGCUCUGCGUGCUGCUGUGCGUCCUCUGCGUUUUGGCCGCCUGCAAGCUGACGGAGCUGCAGCGUCAACCUCUCUGCGUCAGCGUCAACACUCUCUACGAGGACGUGGUAGCCGCUCUGCAAAACCACAAAACCCUGCAAAAUAUGCUACAACAGAACUCGCAGCAGUGAUUGGCCUGGGUAGGCGCUUGCUUCAUUGGCAUCUCCCUCCACCACCUACGCAGCCAGAAUUCCUAUGGAAUUGUGUUCUGGUGAAACUGCUUUUAAUCAGUCAGCAUUGGUUUGCUGGUCCACUCCACUCACAGAGCAGAGUUAUUGUUCAGAUCAUCUUUGCCGUGCAUGUGUCGCAGUUGGCCUGUACCUCCCGUGGUUUGCCCACAUUAACCUAAACUUGUUACCACUUCUUACCUC